AAAGGUGUGGUGUAGCUUCAAAGACAAGACACCCUCCCAACAAAAGAAAUAUACUCAAACUUCCCACUCCUCUUCACUCCCCUUCAUCACACUCCCCUUCUUUCUUCCCAACUCAUCUCCCAUUCCCUCAAGUCCUAAAAUCUCCACAAAUUUCUCGAAAAUUCCCACGAAAAAACAAUUGCAUUCAAGGCAUCAAAUUUGAGCAAAAUCUCCGUUCAUCGACAGCCCAAUUCCUCAUUUCUUUUCCUUCCAACUCAUCAAGUUGAAGAAAAUGGAGAGGUUGAUCCUAAGAAUGGCAAUCUCCCUAAUGGCCAUCUUCAUGAUCAUACCAAAUUCCACCUGCACUCCACCAAAGACAACAUCAAAGGUCGACCAAAUAGAAUGCACAAUGUGCUCUGCCUGUGAAAACCCGUGCGGCCAAGUCCUCUCGCCGCCUCCGCCGCCCCCCUCCGCAAGCUCCAACUGCCCCCCACCGCCAUCACCUCCGAGCUCCGGCGGCGGUGGUGGCGGAUUAUACUACUACUCCCCGCCUCCCCCAUCCCAACCAACUUACAAUCCACCCCCUUACAGCGGCGGCGGUGGCGGAGGAGGGGGAGGGUACUUCCCGCCGCCCAAUUACGGGAACUACCCGACCCCGCCGCCGCCGAAUCCAAUCGUGCCAUACUUCCCAUAUUACUACUACAACCCUCCCCAUGCCACAGGGUCCAGCUCCGGCCCCUUGAGGUGCUCUCUGGCGAUUUCUUCCAUCGUCACCCUGCUUGUAAGCUCACUCUGGUGAGGUGGGUUCAAGAAAAAGGUGAAAAGGGUAAAAGAGAAAUCGCCUACUUUGGAAUAAUGCAGCGGAUUAUCAUCAAUGGCAGAUCCGAGAAGCGUCAACCAUAAGUCAGAUCCUGAAGGUGAUGAUCAAGGGGGAAGAGUCUUGAUGAGGUCAUUUUGGGAAUUUCCAGGAAUACCUGAAACAUGCAAAGAGCAAGAAAAUUAAGUAGCAGCUAAGGAAACAUAAGUAAAGUCUCUUGUUCUCUUUCUCCUUUAUUUUCCAGAGUGAUCUGAUGAUCUGUCGUUUUGUUGGCAAUUUAGUUUACUUAAUUGGUUCACAUAAAGUGCAUUUCUUUAUCCUCUGAAAA